AUGCCAUCAAAAAUCAUUGAAACUGAAGUUCAAGCCAUGGAUGAAGAUGUGGACACUGUUGUUGAGGCUAAACCCAACAAGGUGAGUGGAAAGGGUCGUGUCGAGGUCCGUGUCUCCCUCGAAAAUACGAAAAAAUCCGCGGAGCUCGUGCGACGUCCUUCCUCGGCAGCUCCGUGUUUGACAACAUGUGGCUGAGCGUGCUAACCUGAAACCUCGGCUAACAAGCUAAAUAUUAGUGUGACACCAUUUCCACGGCGACACUGGCGGUAUUUCUGCUUUUUUACAUGAUGUGUUCAACAUCGGUCCGUGUUGAUUAAAGAAACAAUGAUCUGUUGAAGUAAUACACUGUGAAGCUAGCCAGUUAGCCUAGCUUGGUGAUCACAUGGGAUGCCCAUGUGUUCGUGUGAGUGGAUCUGUACAUGCGGCGUGACAACGUGGAGGCCUUUUAAAGUUGCUGCUCCCAGCUGUGCGUGUCUGCGCUGCUGUGGGCGAGGCCUGAUGACGGGGUUUGCAGCGGAGUAGUCGACGAACAAAACAAUUAAAACAUGUCAAUGUAAAGUACAGAUCUUCAAGUUGAUUCGUAAUAUAUUUCAAUAAACAUCCGAAAACAGUAAGGAGAAGGCAAAGUGUGACUACUGAGAAGUAUGUCCGUUAAAGAUGAAAUGUUGAUUUAGAGCUCUACAACAUUUACGGACAUGAAUGAAACUUAAUGUUAGCACGAUAAAUGUAUUUACGGGUUUAUAAACAAGUAUUUCAUCUGAUUGACAUGAUAGCACCAAUUUUAAAAUAGUAAAUAAUGAAUGUUUUCAGGAGAUUUACUGAAAAGGUGCCGAUAUUAAUUUUCAAUAAAAAGCUUUGCUAAUGAUAUUUACUGACAUGUUAACAAAAGGUCUGCUUCGCGCAGAAACAAUCAUGUGCUGAAUUGAAUCAAUCAUGAAUCUGAAGCAGUGCCACACGGCAGAGCACACGCGAUGCAAAAGGUUACGAACCCCAAGUGGAGAAAGGAGCCCAUGAACCUGAAGCCUGUGCAGGCGUUGAAACGCUUUCUUUUGCGCAACCCCUUUUGACCAAACGUCUAAGAGACACAAAGACCAUUUAAUUUUCAUUUAAGAGUAACAGGGAACAUUUAAGAUUGACAAGUGAUUAUUUUGUAUCGUGAUAUAUCGAUAUAUCGAUAUCGAGUGAUGUGAAAAAAAAAUAUAUGGUAUGAUAAACUUUUUCCCAUAUCGCCUAGCCCUACUGAGAAAAUAACAGUAAACAACAAAUCGAAGGAGCAAAGAUACUGUAUUUUUCUCCUUGGUGAAACAUUUUCAUUUUUCGUUUAACUUUUUUUUUUUUUCCUUGAUAUCGAUAAAUAUCUAGAUCAAGGAGGGCAAGAAGCUGAAGAAGAAGAAGCAGGUGGAGGACCAGGUUGAGCAGGAGGACCCAGACUGUGAGCCUCCUGCACCAAAGAAGAAAAAGAAAAAAGACAAGCUGGCUUUGGACCAAACAAGUGACCUGACAGAAGAGACUACAGACAUGAAUGGAAACACAAAUGGUGUUGAAACACCAAAGAAGAAGAAGAUAAAAAAGAGCACUGAAGAAGACACAGAGGUAAGUGCUAUGUUAAUACAUAGUUAGAUAACAAGCUUUGAUUUCUUUUUUUAAUAAAGCCGCAAAGUGGAACAUAUUUGGUCUAAACCAGUAGAUAGUAAAAAAGCCAGAAAGAUGAAAAUCUGAAUUGUGCAUAAAACACAAGUUACGUUUUUCUUUAUGCACCAUUUUACACAAGAAACAUUGAAUGAUGUCUCUGCUCUUAUGUUUGGUUCAGAAAAAAAAGAAACAAAAGAAAGCAACUGCAGAGGAACCAACUGCAGAGGAACCAACUGCUGAGGAACCAAUCAAUGGACAUUCCACCCAAAGCACUCCCGCUCCAACGCCGUCCCAGUCCAGCGAAGACUCGGCCAGUGACAGCGAGAAAGAAACGGUAUGACGUAUAACCUAAUAGUGGGAGUUUUUAACCACACAGGAGAAUCUUAAUUUGUAGGAGUCAUAUUUUGCUUCUACAACAGUGAUUUAACUCGGAUUAUUGCAUAAAUUGGUUGCAACCUGCCUUAGGAAAACAGGGAAGUAAAGGCACAAUAGUGUGGUUAGAAAGACUGCUCAAGGAAAGCCUGUCCAGGUUUACAGACGGCUCACAGAGGAUUGUGGAAUUCAGUAUAAAUGAAGUCACACUUAAGAUUGGAGCAUAGAUUUGAAAGUAUCUGACAUUAUGAAAGUCAGCUGUAGGGUAAGUGAACACUGAAAAAGACUGACUGUGUUGGUUUGUUUAGGAGCUGACGCCAGAGCAGAAGGAAGGGGCCUUCUCCAACUUUCGCAUCUCACAAGUCACCAUCGAUAAACUCAAAGGUAACGCUGUAUUUGCAUUUGUGUGCGUAAGCCUUGUGUAUGUACAGAAUUAGACAUGUUUUUCAGUCCUCACAAACAGAACAUUUGUCUGUAAAUGUGGUGAUCAGAUCUGCAUUGAUGUUCGAUCUGACUCUUCUGUAGAGAAAGUUGGCUUUAUAGAGCGAACAGGGCUGCAGAGCUGCUGAGGUGUGCUUGAUAAUAAACUACUGUUGAUCCCCCACCUUCCCCCUCGCUAUAUCUGUUAACUUUCUCCCCCAUUGCACUUUCUGCCUCUUCUUCAGCUCGGGGAGUCUCUUACCUGUUUGACAUUCAGGUGAAGACAUUCAAUCCUGUGUAUGAUGGAGAAGAUGUAAUUGCCCAAGCCCGAACAGGGACCGGAAAGACUUUCUCCUUUGCGAUUCCCUUGGUGGAAAAGCUUCAGAGGGAAGGGGAAGCACCUGUCAGAGGCCGCGCACCUAAGGUACACACACGCACACUUCAACACCCAUUAGUGAAGUUGUUCACGAUACAGAUUUUGCUUCCAUUAAACCUCCCCCACAUUUACAGAGGAGCCUAUGUUGUCCGUAUUUUUGUAUUGUGGAUACAGACCAAGCGUUGCAGCACCACUAAAUCCGGUUAUUGAUCUGGUUAUGGAUUACAAUCACUCUAUCAGAAAGAUAAAAAGUGAAGACACAACCACACAGACAGAAGAGCGUGACAAACAGCUCAUGUAGGCGUUUGCUGUGUUGUAGUUUCUGGUACAGCAGUGAGACUGAUACCUUUGAUAUCACUAUUUCACUCCCCAUUGCAGAUAAGUAGAGUCAGUCCCACUACCAGGAGCAGAGUAUGUUUGUGUAUGACUGAGUCUUUUUCUUUUCUGCCUGAAGGUCCUGGUGUUGACUCCAACCAGAGAGUUAGCUAUCCAGGUGGCCAAAGACUUCAGAGACAUCUGCAAGAAACUGUCCCUGGCCUGUUUCUAUGGAGGCAGCUCAUACAACCCGCAGCGUAAGUCUCAUUCACAACCGAACUCCCCCCCACCCCCAAAAAAAAUAAUAAUAAUGAUGAAUUGAUAGUUCUGUUUUUUUUUGUUUUUGUUUUUUUUUAAAGAAAUGCCUAAAAAACAAUGACAGAACUUUUUGAACCCGGGCCUAUUUUUCAUUUUUCACACAUUUAAAGCGAUUGUAAAUGACAGCUCUCUUCGCUCAUUUCCAGUCGAUGCUAUCCGUAAUGGAAUUGACAUUUUGGUUGGGACCCCCGGCCGCAUCAAAGACCACAUCCAGAACCACAAACUGGACCUCACCAAACUGAAACAUGUUGUCCUGGAUGAGGUGGAUCAGAUGUUGGACAUGGGAUUUGCAGAGCAGGUUGAAGAGAUUUUGGCUUCAUCAUACAGCAAAGGUAAAGAAAAUAAACGUGUGUGUUGUAGUUUUUGAAGAAGUCUUCUUAGACAGUCUUUAAAGCACAACCAAAUCAUGUCGAGUCAAACAAGUAAAAAAAUUUUAAAAAGUCCAUCUGAAGUAAUGUGUGCUCAUUUGUAUAAAUCUGUGUGCUCCCUUCUAGACUCUGACACCAACCCUCAGACUCUUCUGUUUUCGGCCACCUGCCCCCCUUGGGUCUAUGAGGUGGCUAAGAAGUACAUGAGACCAGAGUGCAAACAUGUUGACCUGAUCGGCAAGAAAACAAAGAAAACUGCAACGACUGUGGAAGUAAGUGUGUCUGUGUGUUUUUCUGUGACUGGGACAGAGCUGAAGGAGACUGCAGGGGCAGCCAGAGCAUGUUAGACUGUCAAACCUGCGGACUUUUAGCCACAUUAGAAAAGAGUCAUCGUUUUUCGACUGCUGGAUUGUUAAGAAUGUCUCUUCAGUCCUUGGGUCCCUCUCUUUAUCUUCUGUCCUACCUCCUGUCUCCUCUGUAGCACUUAGCCAUUACGUGCCACUGGUCUCAGCGUGGAGCCGUGAUAGGCGAUGUGAUCCAGGUUUACAGCGGCAGCCACGGCAGAACAAUCGUGUUCUGUGAGACGAAGAAAGAGGCCAACGAACUGUCCAUGAACACAUCCAUCAAACAGGUAAACAUCUCCACAUGCUUCCUGAAAAAACCUCAACUAAUGAGAGAUUUUGAAAGCCUUGUAACAGCACUGGAAGGAUUUAAGAGCUGAUUCUGAUGUUAAGAAGGGAUUUUGAAAAACUUAUGUUUAAAAAAAAAAACAAAAAAAAAAGUGUGAAUUCUCCAGUGUUUAUUUUGUUUGCCUGUUUUCAGAGUUCCCAGUCCUUGCAUGGCGACAUUCCCCAGAAACAGAGAGAGAUGACCCUGAAAGGUUUCAGAAAUGGGCUUUUUGAGGUUCUGGUGGCCACCAAUGUUGCAGCCCGUGGGUUAGACAUCCCAGAAGUGGAUCUUGUGAUCCAGUGUUCUCCGCCCAAGGUGUGUUUGUGACCAGUUGUAAAUCUAAGCAGAGUUACUUUUGCAUUUUAUUUUUGCAUUUAUCUGAAGUAUCGGUCUUUGUUGUGCAGGCUUUGUGGCUUUUAUUCAGGGAGUCAGGUCCAAUCUUUACAUUACACUGUAUUUGAGAACUUGUGAAUGUGAGAACAGCUGAUUGACACUAGUUGAUGAAGAAAGAUGAAAUGAUGCUAAAGAGACAUGUUAUCAUAAAUGUGGCUAAAAAGUGUCCUCCUCUGUGGUCUGGUUCAGGAUGUGGAGUCCUACAUCCAUCGCUCAGGACGUACAGGCCGAGCAGGCAGGACAGGAGUCUGCAUCUGCUUCUACCAGAGGAAAGAAGAGGAUCAGCUGCGCUACGUAGAAAACAAAGCAGUAAGUGUCUUUUCAGGUUCGGUGAAAUUAUAAGAGGAAGCGAACGGCGGCAACUAUGCUCAAACAAAAAAAACGGGCAAAGAUAAACUGGUGGAGGUGGAGAGGAUGAGGAAAGUUUUCAGAGAUGAAAUACAGCCUUUGUGAAUGUACUUCAAGUAUUUCUGUGAAGUGUUAAUCUUAAAACAUGUAUGUGGUGUCGCUGCAGGGUAUCACUUUCAGAAGAGUUGGCGUUCCCACUGCCAAUGAUAUCAUCAAAUCAUCCAGCAAAGACGCUGUCAGGUGGGUCAUUCUGGAGCAUGAGAGCUGAGCAAAACAGAAAACUACCAAUUUUUUAAAACACUAUUUGAACUAUUAGACACUGCAACAUGACCUGGUUAGUCUUACAUUGCUAUUAAAGUAAUUCAAGCCCCCUUCAGACAUGCACAAAGUUCUUGGAAAUUUCCCAAAGUUACUCUGGUGAGCUGCACAGACACAGCUGAGUUUGCGGCUCGAAUCAGUAACAGGGGUGGUUGGUUUAUUGUAUUUAUUCAUGUUUUCAGGAUAUAAACAGGGAUACUCUAGCUGUAAGAAUAGGCAGCAUGUGUCAGUAUACACAUAUUUAAGUUUUAUUUGAGACUUUAGGAGAAGUGUAUGCAUCAACAUUCCCCCUAUCAAAUGAUGCGUUCAGUACAGAAUCGCUUGAUAUCACACUGCGACUCUCCUUAUUUGUACUGUGAGAGAUGUAGGAGUGUGAUUUGAUGCUCUACUGCACAGUCUGUCAUUAAGGUUUACAGAGAAGCUUACUUCCAUAGACUGAUGUCCUCUAUCAAAUAGUACUCCCACAGGUGACAAGCUCAACAAAUGCCGAGAGCCACUUAGUAGCGCGUAUCAAUUUUGCACAAUCCACCAUUUUAAAGCCAGAAACAAUACACUUUAUUGACAAUAGUACAGCAAUGAAUUUACAGGCAGGCACAUACUCCAAGGAGGAGUUUGAGAGGGAAACCAAAACAAAGCGAAUAAGAUUUAAAGUAGAUAAAACUUCUGGAACUAGAGCUGCGGCCUCAGCAGGCCUCUGACCUUCAGACAUCAUUCCAGUACCAGUCCAUGAAACAAAUGAGGGACAAGUUUGUAAAGAUUAAUCUCUUUAUGGUGUCCAGGUUUCUCGACUCCGUUCCGGUCACAGCGAUCGGGUACUUCAGAGCGUCAGCUGAGAAGCUGAUUGAAGAAAGAGGAGCAGUGGACUCUCUGGCUGCUGCCCUGGCACACAUUUGUGGAGCGACAAGCCUGGAGCAGAGGUCGCUGCUCACCUCAGAUUCUGUGAGUUUGAUUGAGAUAUGAUUUGAUCGACUGUUUUUGUCAGAAGCUUACACCAGUAUUCUUAAAACCAUCGACUGUGUGUGAUGUGGUCCCAUUCAGAAUUCAAACAUGCUGGACCCCAUCAAAGUCUUGCACAGCCCUAAUUUAACCUGACUCAUUGUUUCUGCUGUUUGUUUGUUUUUUCAGGGUUACACGACGAUGCAGAUGGAGUGUUCUCAGGAGAUGCAUAAUCUGGGAUACGCUUGGAAAACUAUCAAAGAGCAGCUUGGAGAACAGUUUGAGAACCACAUUCACAGGAUGACCUUCCUCAAAGGAAAAACAGUAUGUACACACUAAUGACUUAACGACAGUGUUUUCUGUUUUUCAUUUUCAAAUCACUUUCUCUUUUGUUUGUGUGACCAUGGGUGGUUUUCCUUUCAUCUCAAGGUUCAAAAUCGGGUUUAAGGGGUAUAAACUAUAAAAGGCAUGGUUAGGCUGCAAACGGCUCUGUUCAAACAAAAGCAAGUUAAUGUGUCAGAUGUUCUCUGUUCGUGUGACCAUGCCUGUUGCAUCCCUCAGUCUGAUAGCCCAACUUGAAGUAGCUGACUCAGAUCAAGACAGAAACACUCAUCAGUUCCUGUUUUGUGUUUUUACAGGGGGUUUGUUUUGACGUCCCAGUUGACAAAGUGAAGGAGAUUCAGGUGAGCAUACCAGGGAAAAAAAAUAAACCUCUUCAUCAUGUACAGAAUCUGUAUUAAGCUUUUCAUGAUCAAAGCGUCUGUAAAACUCCGAGUCAAACAUUAGCAUUGUGAAAGGUUUCUUCUCAACGUUGAUCAAUCCCUCUAUCUCUUCCCUUCAAACUUGACCCAUUAACAGGACAACUGGAAGGACGGUCGCCGUUGGCAGCUGACCGUAGCUACAGAGCUACCUGAGCUGGAGGAGAAGCAAUUCAGUAACCGUGGUGACAGAGGCUCUGGCGGGGGAAACAGAAGAGGAGGGUUCAGAGGAGGAAGGGGCCGAAAUUUCGGAGGAAAUGGUGGCCGCGGUAAUGGCGGCAGGUAUGGUGGCGGUGGCCGCAACAACAACAGCAGCAGAGGAGGACACAAACGCAGCUUCAGCCAGGCGUUUAAUUAG